AUGAGAUUUUUCACGUGGAUUGGGGGUUUUUUGAACGUGUUCUAAAUUUAAAAAAAAUUAUUUUUUUCAGAAGAUGCGCUAACUUCCACCUCAUCUGGAAACAGCACACAAAAAGAAACUUCACCUUUCGGAUAUUACGAUGAACCUCCUCAUAAUAUCAUCGGAACAAGUUCGCAAAAGAUCACAGAUGUUCUGGAGAACUCAAACCAUUCAGAUCGAGACGAGGAGAUUGUCAAAGCCGAAAGUCCGAUCAUGUUUGAAGAUACGACUUUGGGAGGAAUCGGCUCGCCACUUUCACAAUCUACGAGAUUUGAUGAAACUUAUAUUGAGGAAAAAAGUAUUGAUAUGAAUCAAUUCGAGGACAAUUUUGUGGAUUUCACAAAGAAACCUGUGAUCUCUCUACAACCACCGACGCCUCAGAGAAAUCCAUUCGACGAAGAAGAUCGGGAUGAGGCUGAUUUCGGAGGUGGAACAUUGUCUGGAAGAGAUCCAUUCGAUGAUGAUUCGGGAAGUUCUGCGAAGAAAAGUGAGGAGAUGAAAAAGAAGCAAGUGUUCUAUAAGAAGGAGCAGGUUUCACAUCGAUUGUCUUCGUCUUCUGAAGAGAUUAUUGAAGCGACUAUUCAUGAUGAUGAGGAUGAAGAACCUGCGAAACCCAUCGCAUUUUUCGACAAGGCUUAUGAUGCAGAUGCAGAUGCAGAUUUCGAUAAUUCACCGCCUCUUCAUCAUUAUAAUCCAAUAAAUCUGGAGACUGGGUUAACGCCUUUGGAAGAAGCUCAAAGAGCACUAAGAGCUAAUAAAGCUAGGCAUAAACCAUCGAAUGUUUCGCUACAGAAUAAUGAAGAGAGAUCUAGACAAAGGUAUUCGGAUAUUACGAUUGAGCCGGUUAAAAAAGCGAGGACUGAAGUUGAAGCUGAAGCUCAAGAUGAUUUUGUGGAGGAGGAGAAGCCGAAAGCACCGAGAUUCAAAAAAGCGAAUGCUUCUUCUUCUUCGCGAGAUGAUGAUAUUGAUUCGUAUUUUGAGACGUAUAAUAAACGGAAGGAGGAAAUUUUGGAGGAGGAAAAGGAGGCGACGCCGAUUUUGACGGCUGAUACUUAUGAUGAACCGAUGAAACAAGGUUGGUGAUUUUUUUUGGGGGGGGGGGGAAUUGGGAUUUUUGGGGGGAAAUUUGUGGUGGGACUAAAAAUCGACGAAAUCAAUGCAAAAAUUUUGGAUUUACCCCAAAAAUUAUCGAAAAAUUUGAUGUCUAGCAAUUUGGGGUAGUAAAUUUUACACUGUGUGACCUAGAAUAGGGGUUUCCUAGUGAUUUUUGAAAAAUGUGGAGAAAUUUGAAUUUUUUAGUUUAGAUCUAGAAAGAUUCUCAUAUUUGUUUCUAUAAAAAUUAGAAAAUUUUUUGGAGAAAAAACAAUUUACUGUAGUUAGGAACUUGAAUUUGAACAUUAUAAAAUUUCAAAAAAAAAAAUUUAAAAAAUACGAUUUUGGAAAAAUAUAAAGAAAUUUGAAUUUUUCAGUUUAAAAUUCAAGAUUCUCAAAUUAUUUCCUAAAAAUUAGGGGAUUUUUUGAAAAAAAAAAUAAUUUACUGAAGUUUGGAACUUGAAUUUGAACAUUAUAAAAUUUAAAAAAAAAAAUUAAAAAGUGUUUUUUUUUUGAAAUUUUAAAAGUGGAGUCCGACAUAAAAAUCGAUAAAUUUUAAUCAAUUUCAACUCCAAAUUACUGUGCAUUUUACACGGUGUUUCACUGUUUUUUUUGAAUUUUGAAAUUUUUAAACUCCUUUGAGGAUUUUACUAAUUAGAAAAUGCUCUUUCAAAUGAGCACAGAUUAUUUUUUUGCUGAGAAAAAUUUUGGAAAAUAAACAUUUGAGAAAUAUUUUUUGAAAUGCAUUUUAAAUCUCAAAAAAUUCCUUUUUUUUGAAUUUUAGACGAAAAUUGGCUCAAAACUCUGAAGAUAUUUUUUUAUCAUCUUUAAAAUCUUCAAAAAUUUUCCUCCAUCUUUUUUUUUCAAACUUUUUUUCCAAGUUUUUUAAAAAUCACUAUUUAGAAACUUGGUUUUCCCCUGAACCUAGCCUUAUUUUAGGUCAAUUAAAAUGCAUGAGCUUUGAAUUUCGAAUGAAAUGUUCUCUGCUUUUUUUCCAAUAUUUUUCACCCCCGUUCCAUUUCAUUUCUGCAGCAAAAAAAAGCCAGAAAGACCGUGUUAAUUUGAUUUUUCUCUCGCUUUUUUUUUGCUCAAAUUUGCCCAUUUUUUCUUUCUUGGCUACAUUCCAAAUAUAUCUCUAGAAUAUUUUUUCGAUGCACUUUUUUUGCUUCAAUAAAGGUUCAUACGGGGGAAAAUUGAAUUUUUUAUAAUAUUUUUCUCAAAUUUUUUUUUAUAGUUCCAUCUGCUGUUGUCGCAAAUCGUCAAGAAGAAGUGGAGCGAAAUUCGCCGAUUUUGAAGCGACGAAAUUCGCUGGUCCCGUCACGAAUUAGUGGGCGAAAUCAAUCAACGCGAAGAAGUGUUUCGGGAAGUAUGAGAGGAAAACGGAAGACAAGAGCAAUUCCAGAGUUUUAUGAUUUGACGAGGCAGCAGAGUAUUCGAUUGAGAGCGCCCGUUUCGAAAAAGGUGCGGGUUUUUAUUGAGGUUUUUUGGGGGAAGGGGAAAUUUGGCACAUUUUGAUACCGAAUAUGAUACAGAAAUAUUUUUAAAAAAAUCGAGAAAGUUGAAUUUCUGAGUGAUUUUAAAAAUGAGUAGAAAUUUUUUUUCAUUCGAAAAUCAUUUUUUUCGCGACGAAAUUUGAAAAAAUGAGAAAAUAUACAUUUUUUGCUCAAAAAUUGGAACUUUCUCGUCAAAAUUUAAAAAAACAUCCACAUUGAAUAUUUUCGCGCCGAAAUUUAAAAAUUCAAAUUUUUCGCUGAAAAAUUUAUUUGAAAAUUGAAAAUUACGAAAUUUGAUUCUGUACAAAAAAUUUGACUCAAAGAUUUUUUUGAAAUUUGAAAAAUGAGAAAAAUACAAAAAUUUGAAGAAAACAUACAUUUUUUUCUCAAAAAAUUCGAAAACCUUAUUUUUUCGCUCCAAAAAUUAGAAAUUCAAAAUUUUCGAAAUUCUGAAGAUCCGAUUGAAUUCGAAAAAUUAGAAAAUUCAAAAUUUCGCUCAAAGUUCAUUUGAAAAUUAAAAAUUAAGCAAUUUGAUUCUGCACAAAAAAGUGUCCCAAAGAUUUUUUUUUCAGUUCAAAAAUAUAAAAAUUUGAAGAAAUUGUACAACUUUUGCUCAAAAAUUCGAGAAAAAAAUGAAUAUUUGAAAAAUGAGAAAAUCGAAUUUUUCAACAAAAUUCAAGAAAAUUCAAAGUUUCUGGAUUUUCAGAGAAAACUUAAUUCAAAACAAAUAAGAUCCACGUGGAUUUUGUGUUUUCCAGAAGCGCCUCAGUUUGCAUCGCGUCGAAGACACUGAAGUUGUUGUUGAACUCCUAAAUGGUCAGAAAAUCGAAGUGGCCUGUAGAUCCGACGUCAUCUCCAGAGAUGUUUUCUCAUUAAUCGUCCAAAACAACAAUAUCAAUGAGCACGUCUUUUUUGGAUUGUCGUUUUUGAAAGAUGGAGAACAUUUCUUCAUUGAAGAUCAUCAAAGAAUUGAGAAAUUCGCGCCGGCUGGUUGGAAAAGUGUGUCGAAAACUGGAGUUAGAGUUCCUUAUGUCUUGCACCUUCGGUUCAAAUUCUAUCCGCAGAUUUUGGAUUUUAUUAAGUGAGUUUUGGGAGGCUGGAAAAUACGUUUCAAAUUCAGAUUAUUUUGAAAAACCUGUGAAUCUGAUUUGUUUUUUGAAUGAUUGUUUUACCUUAAAAUUUAAUUUAAGUUUCAGAUUUUCUACAUAAAAUCGGGAUUCAUCCUAAUUUUUUUGAUUUCAUAAUAAAAAUUACUCUAGGAAACUGAAUUUUGAAUAAACUUGAUUCAAGUUGAAAAAAAAUGAUAAAAAAAUAUUUUUUUUAUUGAAAUAUUUUCGCUGCGAGAUUUUUUUUCAUUUUUGUGUGGAAAAAAAUGUCAAGAAAAAGGCUGAAUCGAAAUUUUUUUGUUUUUUAUUAUUUUUUUCAACUUGAAUAACCCCAUUAGAAUUUUUAAGAAAUAUUUUUUUUCAAAAUUAAAAAUCUAAUUUUCUGAAUUUAAACUUUUAUAAACUUCAAAGGGAAAGUCAAAACACUUUUUUUUCCGAAAUUAAAAAAUAAAUAGGAAAUUUUUGUUUUCCAAAAAAAAUUCAGAUUUCGAAAUAUCAAAGUAUGUUUCAAAAUUAAAAAUCUCAUUUUCUGACUUCAAGCUCAGGAAAAAACACAGAUUUUCCAAAAAUUAAAAAAUUCAUUGAAAAAAGAUUUCCUAAAUUUAAAAAAAAAUUCAGGCAUUAAAACUAAAUUCAUAGUUUUCUCGAAUUUUUCCGAAAAAUCUUCAUUUUGAACCAAAAAUAUUGAUUUUUCUAUUGUCAAGCUUGGAAGAGAACCGAAAUGGCCUAGAAAACCAAAGCUACAGUAGACUUCUUGAACACAUUUGACCUACCAAAUGUCUAUAGUUUGAACCCAAAAUAGUGUGUAAAACGAGAGAUUCAGACACAAAAUCCUAAAUCCAAUUUUUCUCAGAACCGACAUCACAAUGCACGAACUAUACCUUCAAUGCCGCCGUGACAUUCUCGAAGAACGUAUCCAACCAAAACGCGACGCUGCCUUCGAACUCGCUGCUCUCGCUCUCCAAGCCGAAUUCGGCAAUCGUCCCCCGCCAGUCAUUCUCGAUUAUUUCGACACUCAACACUAUCUACCAAAACGGUUUUGCUCAUUCGAAGAUCCGUCAAGACUCAAAAGUAUGUUGGCCGAAUUGCAUGGACAUUAUUCGGGAACCCGAAUCUCGGAAGCCAAGAAUAAGUAUAUUCAAAUUUGUCAACGACAUUUGGAUUUUGGAGCGCAUCUUCAUCGCGUUUUUCGAGUUAAGCCAACUGGUUCACACGGUGCGUCGCCUUUUGAUCCGGAUACUGGGAUUUCUCUAUGGAUUGGAAUUAUGCCCAAAGGAAUUGCGAUUUAUGAACAAAAGGUUGGUAGAUUUUCGAGGAUUUUUGAAUUUUUUCUUCUAACAAUAACACAGGGAACUAUUUUAACUCUAGAAAUAUGUUUUCUGAAAUUUUCGACCCGCUGAUCACGAUUUCGUGGUCCAAAAUUGCAAAACUCAACUCUUAACCAAUAUUUGACCAAAAUUUGGCAAAAUUGAGCUUUUUCAAAAUUUGCCACGUCAUAAGUUGAAAAAUUGAUGCAUUUUUGACCAAAAAAAAACGUUUAGCCAAAUUUUGAUAAAUAUUUGGCCAGAACAGUGAAUUUAUCAAAAAUUAGUCAACAUUUGGCUAAAAAUUUGUUAUGACGUGGCAAAGUUUGAAAAUUCGGGAAAUCGGGGUUUCAAGGGCUGAAAAUCAUUUUUGAAACUAAUUUUCAGCUCCUAAAAUUCCGAUUUUUCGAAAUUUUUGAAUUGUUCCACGUCAUAACUCAUAUCGUGGUGAGAAUAAGUUGAAAAAUUAAUGAAUUUUUUGACCAAAAAAUUUUUUAGCCAAAUUUUUGACCAAAUUUUGAUUAAGAAUUGGCCAAAACAGUAAAUUGAUCAAAAAUGAGAAAAUUGAGUUAUGACGUGGCAAAUUUCAUAAAUUUCGGGAUUUUAGGAGCUGAAAAUCAUUUUCGAAGCUAAUUUUCAGCUCCUAAAAUUCCGAUUUUUCGAAAUUUUUGACUUUUGCCACGUCAUUGAUUGAAAAAUUGAUUCAUUUUUUACUGAAAAAAUUUUAAGCCAAGUUUUUUGACCAAAUUUUGAUCAAGAUUUGGCCAAAACGGUGAAUUGAUCAAAAAUUGGCCAAAAAAUGUUUUUGGUUAAAAUUCAUGAAUUUUCCAACUUUCUCCCACCUCCUGUUUUAAUAUGAGUUAUGACGUGGCAAAAUUUUAGAAUUUCAUAAAUUCGAGAUUUCAGGAGCUGAAAAUCAUUUUUGAAGCUAGUUUUCAGCACCUAAAAUUCCGAUUUUCUGAAUUUUUUCAAAAUUUGCCACGUCAUAACUCAUAUUAGAAGUUGAGCUCUGAAAUUUCAAGGAUCGGGUCCAAAAAUUCUAGAAAACAUAUUUUAUUUCAAAAAUCUGAAACAGUUCCCCUAACACUUUUAAUCGCACGCACUUUUUUGCCUUCAGAAUCAGGAUGCACCUAAUAUUUAUAUGAUCACUGCCAGACAGGUAUUCAAACCUAUGUUUUUAUUUUUUUUUCUCGAAAAAAAUCCGAUUGUUUUUGAUGUUUGCUGUGUCUUUUUUCAUGUUUCCCACCCAUAAAAGUUAUUUAUGAUAAUUCAAAAAUAAAAAAAUCGAUUUUUCAUUUUCCAGAGUGGAAUUCGUGAUUUGAUUGCUGAACAUUUGUGGCCUUCAACUCAGACACUUCAAUUCGAUAAAAAGCGAUUUGUGAUUGUUGCGGUUGGAAUGGCGAAUGAGCAAAUUGAGAGCACUUUUUAUACGGAUCAUCAUUCGAAGUGAGUGUUUUUCGGGGGGAAAAUUCGAAAAUUGUGUCUGAAAAAUGAUUUUUUUCACAAAAAGCAUGAAAUUUGGAGUUUUUUGAUACCAAAUUUCAUAUAGUUUUUGGGAAUUUUGAAUUUUUCAUAAUUUUUUUUUUGAAAAUUCACGCUGAAUCUGAAUUUUUAAUGAAAUUCUCAUCAUUUUGACCUGUUUCUCAUGAAAAAUGCUCAAAAAUGAGCCUGCGACCAAAAUUUUGAGCCUAGAUUUGAGUUUCCCACCAAAAUUGACCUGAAAAUUCAAUUUUUUUGAGAAAAUUCGCUCUAUUGAGAAUUUUUUAAAUCGAUUUCACUAAACUUGAAAAAUUCAGAAUUUUCUAGAAAUUAUUCGACGAUGAGUUGAAUUUCCAGAAAAUUGUUUGAAAAAUCCUAGAAAAAUUGAGAAAUUUCAGAUAAUUUUUUCUGGGAACUUGAAUUUUUGGUGAUUUUCAGACGUGUUUUGAGUUUUCAUUUUCAAGUUUCAGAAAAUUAAUUUUUUUUUUUCGAAUUUCAGAAAAUUUCUGGCCUAAAUUUAGUAUUUUUCAGUCGAAAAAUGUCGCAAAAACCUAGUUUUCAAGGUUUUUCAGUCAAAACUGUGAAAAAUCGAGAUUUUUUGAAGCUUCUAGGGUGAUUUCUGAUGAAAAUUGACCCUGGAAUCCACUUUCAGAAGUUCUUGCUGAUUUUUCAAAAAUUUUAAAAAUUUCAAAUUUUGAUGAAUUUCGAAAAAAUUUAUAAAAUGAGUUUCCAAAGCUUAUUUUUCAUCAGAAAUCACUCCAGAAGCUUUGUAAAAUUCGAUUUUUCAUUAUUUUUGGCUGGAAAACCUUGGAAAAUUGAUUUUGAACUACCUUUUCGUGAAUUGAUCUUUCAAUGUUUAAAAAAAUGGCCAGGGUACAAUUUUUGAAAAAUUCUGAAUUUCAGUUUUUAGAGGUCAAAAACUGAGAAAUUCAACAUUUUCAUAAUGUAAAAAAGAUAGCGUACAAUUUUUUUUGGAAACCACGAUUUUGGCCGAUGUGUGUUUCAAAUUUUGAUGAAUUUCGAAAAAGUUUAUAAAAUGAGUUUCCAAAGCUUAUUUUUCAUCAGAAAUCACUUCAGAAGCUUCGAAAAUCUCGAUUUUUCAUAAUUUUUGCUGAACAACUUUGGAAAAAUAAUUUUCAACUAUACAAUGUUUUUUCAACAUUUUUUCGUUCGUGAAUCAGCCCUAAACCAAAAUUCCCUCAUUCCAGAUCCUCAUAUUUUGUGCGAUUCGCCGCCUCUCAACAUCGUUGGAUGAUGAAAAUGCGACAAUGGAAAUCGACACUUCGACACGAGAAUACAAUUCAGGCACUUCCCGAUGUUAUUGUUGAAGGAAGAGAAGUUCCGAAGGCACCGAUUCGACGUAAGUUUUUGCCUUUUUUUCCCAAGUAUUGUAAACUCAUUGUGAUUUUGUGCCCGAUUUUAGAAUCGCUGGAAGAUUCUCCACCAGCCACACCACUUCUUGACGCCGCCGAUCAGAUCUUCUCAAAAAUGCCCGAGAAAUCGCGCCCUACCGAAAUCCCGCCGCCAACACCGAAUAUUGAUGAAGGAAUUGAAGUUGGUUAGUGAUGUUGUGAUUUUUUGAUUUGUGAUCUUUGAUCUUUGAUCUUUUAACUCAAGAUCUAGAAAAUUCCAGAUUCUCAAGCCGAAAACUUUGAGCGAGUCAGCUCGAACAUCAAUGGAAAUGAUUCGCCGCCACGUGGCAUGCAAUUCGAUGUUGUCCUCCUAAAAGAUCCCGAAAAUGGACUUGGGCUAACUCUGGUCGAUGGGAAUUUGAAUGGAGUGCCGGGAGUUUAUGUGAAGCUGGUGGCUGAAAAUGGAGCUGGAAUGAAGGCGGUGGGUUUUUUGCGGGGGAGCUGAAAAAUUUUGAGAGCAUUGCUCAUGUUAUAUGCUCUGUAAAUUCUGAAAAUUUUGAAGGAUUGCUCAUGUUAGAGCUGAAAAGUCGCUAAUUUUGAGAGCAUUGCUCAUGUUAGAGCUGAAAAAUUGAUAAUUUUGAGCAUUGCUUAUGUUAGAGCUGUAAAAUUGAUGAUUUUGAGAGCAUUGCUCAUGUUAGAGCUGCAAAAAUCGAUAAUUUUGAGCAUUGCUCAUGUUAGAACUGAAAAAUCGAUAAUUUUGAGAGCAUUGCUCAUGUUAGAGCUGAAAAAUCGAUAAUUUUGAGAGCAUUGCUCAUGUUAGAGCUGAAAAGGCGCUAAUUUUGAGAGAAUUGCGCAUGUUAGAGCUGAAAAAUCGAUAAUUUUGAGAGCAUUGCUCAUAUUAUAGCUGAAAAAUCGAUAAUUUUAAGCAUUGCUCAUGUUAUACUCUAUAAAUUUUAAAAAUUUUGCAGGUUCAAAAUUCUAGAUGAAUUUUGAAGCAUUGCUCAUGUUAGAGCGGAAAAAUUGAUAAUUUUGAAGGAUUACUCAUGUUAGAGCUGAAAAAAUCGAUAAUUUUAAGUAUUGCUCAUUUCAAAGCUGAAAAAUCGAUGAUUUUGAAGGAUUGCUCAUGUUAGAGCUGAAAAAUCGAUAAUUUUGGAGCAUUGCUCAUGUUAGAGUUGAAAAAUUGAUAAUUUUGAGAGCAUUGCUCAUGUUAGAGCUAAAAAAUUGAUAAUUUUUAGCAUUGCUCAUGUUAGAGCUAAAAAUCGAUGAUUUUGAGGGCGUUUCUCAUGUUAGAGCUGAAAAACUGAUAAUUUUGAGAGCAUUGCUCAUGUUAGAGCUGAAAAAUCGAUAAUUUUGAGAGCAUUGCUCAUUUUAUAACCGAAAUUCAUUAUGGGGUGAUUAAAGGCAAAAUAAAAAAUAAUUUUAAAAAAUUUUUUCAACAAAAAAUUUCGAUUCAAAAAAUGUCGAAAAAUUAUUUUUUUUCUAUUUUUUGAUAUUUUUUCCACACAAAACUUUUUUUCAAAAAAAAAUGAUUUUAGAAAUCCAUAAAUUAUCGAUUUAUUUCGUAAAGAAUAUAAUCAAAAAGUCGCAUUUCAUAAGGAGAAACAUGAUGAAAACUAAUCAUUGUCGGGCUGAAAUUAUCCACCCCUUUCAGACUUGGAUAAUAGGAGUUUUGCCUCGGAAAAGCCUGGGAAUACAUCUCGAAUUGUUCAAGCGGGUGGAAGUGUUGAAUCCUCUCCGAACCGUAAUUAUCUCGAAUAUCUUCUGGGUAAAUUCCGACGUGAUUCAGGCAUUUUGCGAUCUCCUGAUCUUCCUCGGCUCGAUGAUGAUCUGCACAUUUCUCAGGGUCUAACAUCACUUCGUUGAAUGCUUCUACUGUUGGUUGAGAGAGAAUGUAGGCGGAACCAUCGGCGAAACCAUGUGACUUAGAAAUUAAAUAAUUAAUUAAAAUUAAUUAAGAGGGAACUUACGGUGAAAAAUCGCCAGCGAUAACCGUAGAAAUGUGGUUUUGCUGGUGAUUUAUCCGCUAAAAAUGAGCGGAGAUUGUGGACUAGAAUGUAGGCGUCAUCAUCGGCUCGUAAAUACCAAUCGUAUUUUUUUGGCAAUUUUUCGUGAACGUGUCUGAAAUGGGAAUUUUUACGUUUCAAAAAGCUUAUAACUUAUCGUAACUCCAACAUGAUUUCAAUAUUAACGAUAUAAUUCUCCAUAGCUAUCGAAAAAUUAAUUGAUUAGGAUUAAAUUAAAAUUUUCUGUAGAAAAAAAUAAUUAAUUAAAAUUAAAUUAAAAUUUUCUGUUUAGUUGUAGAUAGAAAAUUUUUCUACAAAAAAUUUUUAUUCAAUUUUAAUUAAUUAAUUUUUUGAUGGAUAUGGAAAAUUAUAUUGUUAAAAUUAAAAUUAUGUUUGAGUUACGAUAAGUUACAAAAUUCCAAUUUUUGAAGAAAAUGUUGCUUUUUAGGAAUUUCACGGCUUUUUAAAACCAUGAAAUUCCAAUUUUUAAGGGAUUUUACCGUAAAAUUCAUUUAAGUCUAAAAAAAUCGUUAAAAACCACUAAAUGUAGUGAAUUUUGACAGAAUCAAAUUGAAAAUUGAAAAAAAAAACACAUUUUUUUCAAAAAUUGAGAUUCAAAAAUUAGAACUUAUCGUAACUCCAACAUAAUUUUAACUUUAAAGAAAAAUUUUCUACAGGAAAUUUUAAUUGAAUUUUAAUUAAUUAAUUUUUUGAUGGAGAAUAAUAUUGUUAAAAUUAAAAUGAUGUUGGAGUUACGAUAAGUUACCAAAUUCCAAUUUUUGAAGAAAAUGUUGCUUUUUAGGAAUUUCACGGCUUUUUAAAACCAUGAAAUUCCAAUUUUUAAGGGAUUUUACCGUAAAAUCCAUUUUAAGGUUUUACGGCUAAAAAAACGUUAAAAAAUCACUAAAUAUAGUGGAUUUUGACAGAAUCAAAUUGAAAAUUGAAAAAAAUAUAAAAUUUUCUACAGAAAAUUUUUAUUCAAUUCAUUUUUCGUUGAAUACGGAUGAAUUAUAUUGUUAUGGAGAAUUAUAUUGUUAAAAUUGUGCUAGAGUUACGAUAAGUUCCAAUUUUUGAUGAAAAUUUCGCUGUUUUUCAGUGAAAAUAUUGAGGAAAAACACAAUUUUUUGAAUUUUACGGUUUUUAAACCCUGAUUUUCAUAUCACAAAAUCAAUAACCCACUUAAAAAUCCUCCUUAUUUUUUCCCACGAAUGAUCCCUUGUAUUCAAAGUUGGCCAAUAAAUAUGAGGAAUAUCAUCGCUCAUUUUCGAAUCAGUGAAAAAUAGGAAAUCAUCGCAUCGCUUCGCCCAAGUCUCGUAAAUUGUUUUCGCUCGCGUUUCAUGACUUGGUGUUGCUGUGUGAAUAAGGCAUAGAAUACUACCAGAUGAGGAGGUGAAGACUAUUCGGAAAAGUAGGAAAAUGUGGAUUAGAAAUGUGAACAUGGUGAAUUCAUGGAAUUUUUCGUUGAGAAAGUGAGGAAGGUGAAUGAGGAAGAUUUUAUCUGAGAUUUUUUCCUGAAUGAUUUUUAUCGCAAUUUUCUUGGUUGGUAUAGUUGACCGAUUUAGGAGAGACAUAGUAAACUGAUUUUUUUUUCGUUGGAAAAAAUUCAUUUGCAAAAUCCGAAAACACGUGAAUUUGGAGUGUAACAUGAGCAAUGCUCUCAAAAUUAUCGAUUUCCAGCUCUAACAUGAGCUAUGCUUCAAAAUUCACCAGGAAUUUUGAAACUGCAAAAUUUUUAGAAUUGACAGAGUAUGAAAUGAGCAAUGCUCUCAAAAUUAUCGAUUUAUCAGCUCUAACAUGAGCAAUGAUCUCAAAAUUAUCGAUUUAUCAGCUCUAACAUGAGCAAUGCUCUCAAAAUUAUCGAUUUUUUAGCUCUAAACUGAGCAAUGCUCUCAAAAUUAUCGAUUUUUCGGCUCUAACAUGAGCAAUGCUCUCAAAAUUAGCGAUUUUUCAGCUUUAACAUGAGCUAUGCUUCAAAAUUCACCUGGAAUUUUGAACCUGCAAAAUUUUUAGAAUUUAGAAUUUGAAAAAUGAAAUUUCAACAAAGAUUCUGGAUUUUUUGAUACAAAAAUUUGACGAAAAUUCAGAAUCUCUGUUGAAAAAUAAUUUUGAAAAUUGUAAAUUCUGAACUUGAAAUCAAAAAUUUUCUGGUUUAAAAUUCCACUAAACAAGUGAUUUUUGAAGUAUUGCUCACGUUAUUCUCGAAAUUUAUAAAUUUUCGGGUUUUCAAAAUAAGACCCAAAAUCUGGAAUUCUGAAUUUUUCUAAGAUUCCAGAGAUGAAUUUGAGGCAUUGCUCAUGUUAGGGCUAAAAAAUGGAUCAAAAUUCAUGAAUUUUCGGAUUAUCAAAAUAAGAAAAUAAUUCUGAAUUUCAAAAUUUCCAAAAAAAAAAUUUUUUUUUCAAAAAUUCUUUCCCGCCCAAAUCAAAAUUUUGAUUUGGGCGGGAAAAAUUAAAAUUUUUGGAUUCUCAAAAUAAAAUUCUAUUGUUUUUGUAGAUAAAUUUCAAAAAUUCCACUAGAGAUGUGAAUUUUGAAGUAUUGCUCAUAUUAGAGCUAAAAAAUCGAUCGAUUGGAAUUCUAAAUUUCAAAAAUAUGAAAUUUUGUUCAAGGAAUCUGGAAUUUUGAAGUACAUAUUGCUCAUAUUAGAGCUAAAAAAUCGAUAGAAAUUCAUGAAUUUUUGGAUUCUUCAAGUUGAAAUUUUUUCAAAAAGUGAAUUUUUCCAGGGAAUCUGCGUUGGCGAUCGUCUCGUCCGAGUUGGCAACGAAUCUCUCGAUGGACACGACCGCCUUCAAACAGUCGAAUUUGUCAAAAAAUGCGGUUCACGAGUUCCAAUGACAAUCGCAAGAUUAGAUGGUUAUGUUCGACAUCAGCGAGAUGUUUCGAAUGAGAUGCUGGCAGCCGCUUCAGCAGCGGCGGCUCGGAAAAAAUCGACAGAUUCACUUGGUGUCAAUAAUAAGCUGCCGGGACAAUCAAGAACCCCUCCGGCUCCCAGAAAAGCUGCGAAUCGAAGACAGCGAGCUGUCAGUGAUUUUGGAGCAAUUGGUGAUGCUCUUCCUACGCUGGAUGGUGAUAAUUUGAUAAAUAUCAAAGCGAUUUCGGGCCUACAUUUGGAUGAGGAAGAUGAGGAAAAGGGAGAAUAUCGAUUGCCGACAACUUCGAUGUAUGCUUUUGAUCGAGAUGAUGAUUUGCAAAGAUCCACGAAAGAAUCGGUGAAAAUUGAGGCGAAAAAUGAGCUGAGGAAAUAUCGAUAUGCUAGAAGAUCGAAUUUGGAGAUUGCGGAGGAAAUGGAGGAAGAAGUUGUUGAAUCGUCGGAGGAUGAAGGAACAAAUCAUGAUGUGUCGAAACGGGUUAUUGAAGUUGGGCUGGAAAGGAAUGAAAAUGGAUCACUUGGAGUGCAAAUUGCAUCAUUGAAUGGAAGAGUUUGUAUCAAACAAUUGACUUCGGAACCGGCUUUGUCACAUCCAGAUAUUCGAAUUGGGGAUGUUCUUCUUUAUGUGAGUUAGAUUUGAAUAGGGGUUUUUGAAAUUUGAAAAAAUUUCUGCUGAAAAUUUCAAAUAUUUUGUGAACUUCGAAAAAUUCGAAAUACCAUGAAAAAUCUGAUUUUUAACUAUUUUUAGUUUUGCUAAUUUUUCGCGUUAUUUUUCGAAAAAAUUGAUUUUUAACUCCAAUUUGAAAAAAAUCACGAAAAUUUCUGAAUACCCCAAAUUUUAACUCAAAAAUGUACCCAGAAAAAAAUACGUUUCAAAAUUUUUAUAUAAUUUUUUUUUUCUCGAAAAAAUUUAAUGAACGUUCCGAGGCUAUUGAAUCUAAAAAUAAAUUUUUUUUUCGUAAAAUCAGGAUUUUUUAGAUUCUCAGAAUGUUGAGAUUGUUGCAUUUUGGCUCCAGAAUUUGAGAAAAAUCACGAAAAUUUCUGAAAACCCCAAAUUUUUACUCAAAAAUUUGCCCAAAAAAAAAAUACGUUUCAAAAUUUUUAUAUAAUUUUUUUUUCUCGAAAAAAUUUAAUGAUCGAUCCGAGGCUAGUGAGUCUAGAAAUCAAAUUUUUUCGUAAAAUCAGAUUUUUUAGAUUCGCAGAAUGUUGAGAUUAUUGAAUUUUCGCUCCAGAAUUUGCGAAAAAUCACGAAAAUUUCUGAAUUUGCCAAAUUUUCACUCUGAAAUUUGUCCAGAAAAAAAUACGUUUCAAAAUUUUUAUAUAUUUUUUUUCUCGAAAAAUUUAAUGAUCGUUCCGAGGCAUUUGAAUCUAAAAAUUGAAUUUUUUUCGUAAAAUCGGGAUUUUUUAGAUUCUCAGAAUUUUGAGAUUAUUGAAUUUUGGCUGCAGAAUUUGAAAAAUCAUGAAAAUUUCUGAAUACCUCAAAUUUUGACUCUAAAAUUUUUCCAGAAAAAAUACUUUUCAACAUUUUAUAUAAUUUUUUUUUGAAAUAAAAUUAAUGAUCGAUCCGAGGUUAGUGAGUCUAGAAAUUAAAUUUUUUCGUAAAAUCAGGAUUUUUUAAGAUUCUCAGAAUUUUGAGAUUAUUGAAUUUUGGCUCCACAAAUUCCGAAAAAUGAGAUUUUACGCUAUUUUUGACUCAAAAUUUUUUCCAGAAAAAAAUACGUUUCAAAAUUUUUAUAUAAUUUUUUUCUCGAAAAAUUCAAUGAUCGAUCCGAGGCUAGUGAGUCUAGAAAUCAAAUUUUUUUUCGUAAAUUCAGGAUUUUUUAGAUUCUCAGAAUGUUGAGAUUAUUGGAUUUUGGCUUCAGAAUUUGCGAAAAAUCAUGAAAAAUGAGAUUUUCAACUAUUUUUGAUUGCUAAUUUUCUUUGGAAAAUCGAUUUAAAAAAAAAUAAUCACGAAAAUUUCUGAAUAACCCAAAUUUUGACUCAAAUUUCGACUCCAGAAAAAAAUACGUUUUAAAAUUUUUAUAUAAUUUUUGUUUGAAAACAAUUAUUGAUUUGAUUCGACAGAAGCUAGUAGAUCAAAAAAUACAAAUAUUGUGCAAAAUUUUUGAAAAAAAGUGGAUUUUCAUCCAAAAUUUUCCCAUUUUGUCAAAUUUCCAGGUCAACGGAAUCGCUGUCGAAGGAAAAGCUCAUCAAGAAGUGGUUGCGAUGCUUCGAGGUGGUGGAGAUGUUGUAACUCUCGGUGUUCAACGUCCACCUCCACCAGCAUACAAUAAUGAGAUCAAUAACAAAACAUCCACGUCAUCCACGUCAUCUUCAUUAGUCUCAGUUAUGCUGCAAAAGAAACCAAUGGGAACGUUGGGAUUAUCGUUAGCCAAGCGAACUAUGAGCGACGGGAUUUUUAUUCGAAAUAUCGCUGAAGGUUCGGCGGCGGCGUCCGAAGGUACACUUCACGUUGGAGAUCGACUUGUUUCGUUGGACGGUGAACCGGUUGAUGGAUUGACGCCGUCGACAAUUUUGGAGAAAUUGAAAUCGGUUCAAGGACCAGUACAAAUCACUAUUACUCGGGAUAACACGGAUCGAUAG